GACGCAGCGGAUGGGGGCAGUGUGGUUCAAGCAGUGAGCGCUAAUGGCGCGGGUGGGGGAAGCGGAACCCGAGGGGGAGGGGGAAGCGCUAUUGGCGGAGAAAUGGCGGGCGGCGGAGAGAUCCGCGGCAACGAAACGGGGUGAAGUUAGAGAAGUGGACGAAUUUAGCGGCAGCGAAGCGCUACUAUCGCGGAUGUGUAACGGCGAAAUGACGAGCGAUGGGGCAGUUGGCCGUAUGGAGAAAGGAGGGACAAGCAAUAUCGAGUCCCGGGACGGACAGGAGACGGUAGUGGGGAGACGAGGCACUGCGCGGACGCGGGAGGUGACGACAUCAGGGCAAGGCGUGCCACGUGGCGUCGUCAUAUUGGUCGUCGUGUUCCUAGAUCUCUUUGCUGUGGGGAUGGCCAUGCCGCUAGUCACGCCGCUUAUUAAGGAGCUCGGAGCGUCCCCGUUACAGGUCGGCUUCCUCUCAUCCACCUACGGCAUUGUCCAACUCGUUACUGGGCCCUUCUUCGGCCUAUUGAGUGACCGCAUGGGGCGCCGGUUUGUGAUUCUGGUGGCGUAUGCUGGGGCGGGGGCGAGCUACCUGCUGCUGGGGCAGAGCACGACUGUGACGAUGGUGGUUGUCUCCCGCGUGCUCCUGGGCCUCACCAAGCACAGCAUGAACGCAGUCAAGGCAUACGUGGCAGAUCACACCACGGCCAGCAACCGAGCAGUCGAACUGGGGAGAUCACACCAAUGCAAGGAACCGAGCAGUGGACCUUGGCAGGAUGGCGACUGCAUCAGCGUUGGGCAUUAUGGUCGGGCCCGCUGUGGGCGGGAUGCUAUUUAAGGCAGUUAUCCCCUCCCCACAGCAGCAGCAGCCCUGCUGUACGCCAUAAACUCAUUCGUUAUUGUCACACGGCUGCAAGCACAGAGACCCGCCGCCGACUCAGCACCAGGCCCUGCCUUGAGAAAGCGAGGGCUUUCGUUGCAAGGGCUCCUUCCCAAUGUCGCCAUACUGACUCGUCCCCGCGUGGCGGCACUCAUGGCAGUGCGGGCAGUGCUAGGCCUCUCUGUGCAUCUCUUCCGCCAGGGCUUCUCCCUGCUCCUCAUCUACAGGCUGAAUCUAUCUGUGCAGACCAACGGGCUGCUGCUGUCGCUGCAGGGUCUCCUCACCUCGCUGGUGCAAGGCCUCGCCAUCCGCCCCUUGCUGCGUCGCUUCCAAGAACCCCCUCUUAUUUUCCGCGGCCUGCUGCUGCUCUCCCUCACCCUCGCCCUCCUUGCCGCUGCUCCAAGCCUUCCGUUCCUGGUGCUCCUACUACCCCCUCUCGCCCUCUCAACUGGCGUUCUCCGCACCACUUACACCGCCCUCCUCACCACCUCUGUUGCCCAAACCGAGGUGGGUCAGCUGCUGGGUCUAUCAGACGCCAUCAUGUCUGCCUGCAGAGUGCUCGGUCCCUCUACUGCUGGCCUCCUCUCGUCCCAAUUCGGCUACCACGCCCCUGUCGCGAUAAGCGCAAUCAUUGCCGCCAUUGCUGCUCUCCUCUUCCACCUCCUUGUGGUGAACCGCCAUCGUCCCGCCUCGGCAGCUUCAGGGAUUUCCUCGAAAGGACAUUUGGCAUAGUAGUUGAGCAAUCAAUCAGCAUUUCCACUAAAAACUACUCGAUAGGGCUCCCGACGCAAGGCUUUACUCUAAAGAAAGCCUGUUCAAAUUUGUAUCUCCUGUAAAUUUUACUCCCCAGUAGCUUGUCUUAUCUCUCAACUAGGAGUGGUUGCAACAGUGCAAGCAACUUAGUGCGGCACUGCUGAAGUGUAGCUCACAUAAGAAAUUGUGGAUGAACAUGGAGUAUCAGUUGAAGCACAAAAAUGAGGAAUGUUGA